AUGUUGUGGGCUCGAGCUGCAGUUGUCACAGGCUUGGCUCAGGCUGGAGAUACCGCUUGCAGGCCACGCACAGAUUGCUGUCUGGCUUCGCUCAUUGCUGGCUAUAAGAAUCUGGAUAACGCUGCAGAAGCAGCUGAGCAAUUUAAAUUAAUCCAAGCAGCAUACGAUGUGUUGAGUGACCCUCAGGAAAGAGCAUGGUAUGAUAAUCACAGAGAGGCUCUGCUUAAAGGUGGACUUGAUGGAGAGUAUCAAGAUGACAGCUUAGAUUUGCUUCACUAUUUCACGGUUACCUGCUAUUCUGGUUAUGGAGAUGAUGAAAAGGGUUUCUACACUGUGUAUCGUAGUGUUUUUGAAAUGAUUGCAAAGGAAGAACUGGAAUCCGUGUUAGAGGAUGCAGUUGAGGAUUUCCCAACUUUUGGAGACUCUCAGAGUGACUAUGAUACGGUAGUCCAUCCCUUCUACGCUUACUGGCAAAGUUUCUGCACACAGAAGAACUUUGCUUGGAAGGAGGAAUAUGAUACACGACAAGCUUCAAACCGCUGGGAAAAACGAGCCAUGGAAAAAGAAAACAAAAAGAUUCGGGACAAAGCAAGGAAAGAGAAGAAUGAACUUGUCCGACAGCUGGUGGCUUUCAUCCGUAAACGAGAUAAAAGAGUGCAGGCACAUCGGAAACUGGUGGAAGAGCAGAAUGCAGAGAAGGCAAGGAAGGCCGAAGAGAUGAGGCGGCAACAGAAGCUGAAGCAGGCAAAGCUGGCAGAGCAGUACAAGGAGCAGAGCUGGAUGCCGGUGGCCGACUUGGAGAAGGAGCUCAGGGAGAUGGAGGUGCGGUACGGAAAGGAGUUUGGAGAUGAAUCGGAUACGGAUGAAAUGGAGGAACUAGAUCCCAGAGACGGACAGGAUGGUCAGGACAGUGAGGACGCCGAGGAUGCUGAGCUGUAUGAUGACCUUUACUGCCCGGCGUGUGACAAAUCUUUCAGGACAGAAAAGGCUUAUGAUGACAAUUUCAAUGAAAGUGGAACUGGAUUAGAAAAGGUUGAUCCAGAAGAUACUAACUUAAAUCAAGACAGCGCCAAAGAAUUGGGAGACAGUCCCCAAGAAAACGUCAGUAUCACAGAGAACGCCAAACAGUGUGAUGAUCCAAAAAGCGAAACUAAAAGCUUGGCUUAUGGGACCAUUUUAAUAGACAAGCUCAUUCAGUAG